AUGUCCAAGCACAACUAUACGAAUCCGGCUUUCUGCCAGAACAGCGAGUUCUAUCCGGUGCCGUCGAGCAAUAGGGUUGAGUCCAUAUACAAUCGCAGCCUGCAGCUCAACUUUAAUGCGGUCUCCCGUCCCGGUCAGGUGCCGGCUGCACCCUGUCGCGACCCGCGCGAGGGACCGCUGCGCAUGCAGCGUAGCAUGUCGACGCGUUCGGUGACGCGUAAACAGUACCAGCAGCAGCAGCAACAGCAGCAGCAGCAGCAGCAACAGUCAUCCAGUGGCCGCUAUGCAUUGGUGCCGCUGGAGGAGCUGGGCGCCGUGGCCAGUCGCUAUGCCAUUGUGCCGGGACAGGCAGCACAGCGUUUGGCCCGCUCGCAGGAUAAUCUGGAUCGCUAUGGCUCGAGGCAAGGCCUGCAGUCAGACGAGGAGCCGCACUCGUUUCACGAGGAGCCUCAUCAGCAGCAGGAGACGCAGUUUGCCAGCUUGCCGCCCACAUUGAACGCGUUGCCGCCCAAGCCGGCGCCGAAGAUCAAGCACGCAUUCUCCAGCGACUUUGGCAGCAAAACAUUUCUGAUUGUGGACAAGAACAGCAAUCAGCGCUAUCAGAUGGUGCCCACGGCGGAAGAUGAGGAGCUCGUUGACGAAAACCAGGAGAUCAUACAGAUGCACAAUGGACGCGCGCAUCGCUAUGCGGUCAUACCCACAGAAGCGGAUGACGACGAUCUGGCGGACGACUCUGCCCACACAGCACAGCAGGAGACCUGCCUGAGCCACACGGAGCUCAGCCAACAGUUCAGCAUGCGCACAUCGACCCCGCAGCAGCGCAAUGCGGCAGCUGCAACGCGAGCGUUGCACGAACUGCUCACCACACCCCGCAAAAUGCAACCACCACCGCGUCUGGCACAUUCCACGCCCCGCAAUGCGGCCCACCACGAGCAGCUGCAGCGCGAGCGUCGCCUGCAGCUCUACCAGAGUCAGCAGCACAUUAACCUACACCAACAGGCCACCAUCUCAGUGGUGCCCUCUCCAGCGCUGCCGCUGCGUCAGCAGCGACUCUCGCCGCAGCGACUGCACUAUGAGACGGUGAAGUCGACGCCGACUUCGGCGCCGGCAGCACAGCAACUGCCCAGUGACCGCACCAUGGCGGUGAUUAGUCCGCGUGUGCAGGGCCAGGAGCAGGAUCUGAGCAGCCUGCAGGGCAAGUCGAAUGUGAACAACAACUCCUAUCCACAGAAGCUGGCCAAUGCCACCAUUACGCUGGCCGUUGUGUCCCUGAUGCUUGUCCUGGGCAGCACCAUGAAUGCCGGCCUCAUCAUCUAUAUGAUAGCCCACUUUGGCAAGUCCUUCUACCUGCAGUUCGGGCUGGUUGCCUCCUUUUGCGGCAUGGGUCUGGGUUUUCUUGGCUUUCGUUCGCGCCACUGCGAAUGGCUGCCAAACCGUAGCUACACCUCCGGCUACAUCUUGGUCACCAUCUUUUGCCUGUUCAAGUGCUGCGGCCUGCUGCUAAUUCUGGUGCUGGACCCGUUUCCUGGACUGCCCCUGCACGAUGUCACCACGGGCGUCAUACUCGGCCUGUCCACCUUUACCAUGUUCUUUAUUGGCCUGGGCGUCAUUGGCAGCCUCUGGUGCUAUCGCCCGCCGCCCGAUAACCGCGUCAAUGUGGUCUAGGCGCUUCUCUUCUUUAGCCUUAAUCUAGCUCAUAGUUUGUUUUAGUUUUAGUUUCAGUUUUCUUUUUAGCGAGCGGCAUCCGUAACGGCUAGGCGACCAAAAAAAAAUAUUUAUAAUUAAAGACGCGCACGAAAUUCCAGCAGCGAGUUUUGUUUUCAAGACUGUAUAUAUCGAAUCAUAAGGCUAACCUAUGCAAAUAUGGGUUGUAAUUAUAUCUAAGACAUCUACAA